AUGGCUUCUGAAAUUAUCGAAAAAUACCGAGGAAAGGCCGAGAUCUGCCAUGGCGAGGAGCUAUGUAAGAAGAAAUCAACUGAAAUGUUGGUAGAGAUGUCACUGCCGAACAAUUUACUGCCAGUGGAAGAGAUAGAGGAGGUGGGACACAACAGAGAAAUUGGCUUCUUUUGGUUGAAGCUAAAGAAAGCCCAGAAGUACAAAUUCCCCAAAGUUGGCGACACCUUAUAUGCUACAGAGAUCACAGGCUUCAUAAAGCCUCGGCAAAUCAAAGACUUGAAAGGAGUCACUGCUAAGGAGUUGUUCCUCACCUUCACCCUCUCUGAGCUUUAUAUAGAUGAUCCUUCAUCUGAUAAGAUUAACUGCAAGACUACCAGUGGCCUUCAUCGCAAACACCCAAUCUCUUGCUUUGAGCUUCCAAAAUCAGAAAAGAAAUGA